UUGUGAAGUGCCCCCAACCGGAAGUCGCCUUGUUGUUCCUGCUCCGGCAGAUCACAGGGCGAAUGGGAAAAUCAAUUAAGUUAUGAAAAAUAGCUUUAAUUGCCUUUCUUUGUCGCCGAGGCUCAUGAAGAAAUGGCGGAUCUCCAGAAGCGGUGCACUCCUGGGGAGCCGCGCCGCAGCUAAUGGGGCGCACUGCGGCGGCAAACACGCCACUAGGGGGGAAGAGUACUUUCUCUUUUUCGAAUUGCGAGGAAAUCCCUACGCUGAUCUAAUGGUCGUGGAGGUCUGCAGGAAGACGUUACAAAUGAGAGGCUGACUGGAAGAUGCCAAGAAAAAAACAGCAGAAUCCACAAGCAGUCAAGUCGGAUUCUAAAGAUGUUGUAGCCGCCAAAAUUCCAGGAAACCUCGCCUUUGAAACAGACUUCCUUCUGGAACACGGGCUUCACUUUGCUGAUCCUUAUCCUGACAACAAAUUUCUAGGCUUGGAAAGGUUUUCAGAGGUGGCUGCUGAGAUCGGGUUCUCUGUGUAUCCUGAGUGUGAUGAGGACAACGCCCACAGCAUGGAUAGUGAAACUGAAACCUCUCACAGCAGCACACCCGACAACGUGAGGGAGGACGAAGGUCCGGCAGGCCGCUCCGAGCCCACCUUCGCUCCCUACCUGUCUUGCCGGGGGUGUGGCCAACUCCGUAACGACCCCCUGGGACACCUGGUGGGUCCUUAUUGCCUGCGCUGCUGCAAAGCCGCCAGGGACGGCAAAAACACGGACUUCGCUUUCGGAAGCCUGAGCGGGAUCCACUCUCAGCUGGACGGGAUGGGCGACGGAGCGCUGUCGGGCGACGACAAGGCCAAGCUGCACUCCUGCCACCUGUGCGGCUUCUCGUCUCGCUACGCCAACCACGUGAAGCGCCACAUGAAGACGCACAACGGCGAGAAGCCCUUCAACUGCCCCCUGUGCGCCUACGCCUCGGCACAGCUGGUCAACCUGCAGCGCCACCUGCGCAUCCACACGGGAGAGAAGCCCUACAAGUGCGAGAGCUGCGCCUUCGCCUGCAGUUCCCUCGGCAACCUGAAGAGGCACCAGCGCAUGCACGCACCCAAUGCUGGGCUGGGGGGGCAGGACGCCUCCCUUCGACCCGGCAGCGGGCCCAGUGGCCUCAAGGGUCACAUGCCCGGGCAGCGGGCCAGUGAGGAGGACGAGGAGGAUGAAGCUGCCAAAGAAGCGGCAGCAGCUUCCGCUCACCUCAGUCUGGCAGCCCAGAACGCAGACUACCUGUCAGCCUUCGAGAGUCUAAAAGGGGCGUCGCCACAGCCCACGCCUUCCUCGGCCCCACCCCCCGGCAGCAGGUCGGGCAGAGGCGCCAUGUCCCUCUUCCCCUACACGUGCCGCCUGUGCGGCGUGGUGCUUGAGGACGAGGACGGCUCGUCGGCCCAAAUCUGCGCCAAGUGCACGCUGGAGAUGCUGACCAAGGACUCGUCGCCCGGCAGCCCCGGCGAGCGCAGCGACAAAGUCUACACGUGCGCGGCCUGCCCCUUCCUCACGCACUACCCCAACCACCUGGCGCGCCACAUGAAGACGCACAGCGGCGAGAAGCCCUACAAGUGUCCGCAGUGCGACUACGCCUCGGCGCACUUCGACAACCUGAAGCGCCACCACCGCGUGCACACGGGCGAGAAGCCAUACAAGUGCCACCUGUGCGACUACGCCUGCGGCAACCUGGCCAACCUCAAGCGGCACCAGCGCGUGCACUCGGGCGCCAAGCCCUUCCGCUGCACUCUCUGCAACUACAGCUGCAACCAGAGCAUGAACCUGAAGCGCCACAUGCUGCGGCACACGGGAGAGAAGCCCUACAAGUGCCAGGAGUGCGGCUACACCACGGGUCACUGGGACAACUACAAGCGGCACCAGAAGAAGCACGGCCUGGCCACCGACGGUUGGGUCAAGGUGCCCAUGACGGGGGGGCGCCACCAGGACGACACGGCGGCGGAGAAGGCGGCCAGGAGCGGCGUGGGGACGGCCACCCAGACGUUGCAGCACUCGUGCUACAAGCUGGAAAUGGUCUAAACAUUUUAGACUCUUCUGUCAAGGACAAAUAUUCCUCUCCAAGGGCGCAUGAGGCUGUUUGCCUAAAAAAAGAAUAAACUUCUCAAGUAACUUGUGUCCUUGAACGCAUCAUUCUGGCACUGUGGUGCCUUGAGUGAACAAACUGGAAUUGUUCUCCAUGAAAGGACUAUUUGACGUGUUUAUCAUGAGUGUCUUCAAUGUGUUUGUGAAAUCAACUUGUUUACUAAACAAAAAAAUGGCAUUAUUAGAAAGUAAGCAAGCAUGUGUGUAACAAUGUUUUAUUUUUGUAACAGUAUAAUAUAAAUAUACAGUAUUGGAUGUUGUGUCCCCUAGAAGAAAAGUCAUUAUUUGGGUAUGCAAGGGAGAUUUGUCCAGUUCUGUGUCCUCAUGCAGUGUCUCAUCAACGCCUUACAAGCAGGACUUUACAAUAAAUAAACAUUAUUUCUUUCAAUGUCACAUCA